AUGGGCAAUAAGCAGACGAUAUUUACAGAUGAACAGCUGGAUGCCUACCAGGUGAGCGGCACUUGCCUUGCAGGGGACGGGGAUGUCGCCCUGCUGCUCUGUAUAGAUUCUCUUGCCAGAGACAGAAAAUCCAGGGAGCACCUCCCCAAGGUGGCAAUCCUCUCCCCCCCGCCCCCAGUGCACAAAAUACUGGAUGCUUUUGAGUUGGUCUUGGGCAGGGGUCAGCAAACUUUUUCAGCGGGGGGCCGGUCCAUUGUCCCUCAGACCUUGUGGGGGGCCGGACUGUAUGUUGCCAUGAUUAUGACCCACAUUUUUGGCAAAACCCCUUAUUGGGACCAGCCCCAACGUUGCCCAAAUGUGACUUUUUUUGGGGGGGUGUUCCCUCAUACACCCACGCUGCUUCCUUUGCAUUUUAUACAUUGACAGUUCUUAUUUCUCUCGUAAGGUGGGGCGGGUGUGGGUGGGGGGCUGAGGUAAGCGUGCCAUUCCUGUCAGCCCUGGAGAGCGCGUGCGCAUGCGUGGGUGAAGGGACAAGCCGUUGGCCACGCUAAGUCAGGCCGGCGCCGCUCAAGCAAAAACCUUCUUUUCCCCACGUGAGGGAAGAUGAGGCGGCGGCGGCGGCGGCGAUUUACCUUUCCUUGGCUCGCGCCGUGUAGCUCAUGAGCGGCCUCCCCAGCAGAGCGCAAAGCUGCACUGGAGUGCAGCCGCCCAGGCUUCCUCCCGCGGGGAGCACCGCUGCCACAGACUCCGGCGGGCGUCGCUCCCCAGGCGCCUCUGAGCCCCUGCCGCCGCAACUGCCCUUCCUGAAAUCCAAACGGGGGCUCCUUUUCCCUCUCCCCCACCCCGGAAGAAAAGAUUGCUGCGCGGGCGACGGGCGGAGAAGGGGCUUGUCUUCAGCAGCCACCCGCCUCACUUUGGACCCCCAAACCUGGCUGAGUCACAAAAACCAUUGUGCAUGCGCACACUAUGCCGGCUGCCUGGAUCCCGCACCGUCCGCGCGCCGGAUCUAGAAAGCAAUUGGGCCUGAUCCGGCCCGCGGACCAUAGUUUGCCAACCCAUGGUCUUGGGGCUACAUUUGUUUUAACUGCAGUGUAACAGUGUAAUUCUGUAUACAGUGGUACCUCGGGUUAAGUACUUAAUUCGUUCCGGAGGUCCGUACUUAACCUGAAACUGUUCUUAACCUGAAGCACCACUUUAGCUAAUGGGGCCUCCCGCUGCUGCCGCGCCGCUGGAGCACGAUUUCUGUUCUCAUCCUGAAGCAAAGUUCUUAACCUGAAGCACUAUUUCUGGGUUAGCAGAGUCUGUAACCUGAAGCAUAUGUAACCUGAAGCAUAUAUAACCCGAGGUACCACUGUAUGUUUGGUAAGAGAAAAAAGAGCCUCAUGAAGUCCAAUGCAACUUUCACCUGUCUAUGAUGACAGCCCAAGAGAGCUAGCAAUUUACAGAGAGGUGAUAGCUCCAUGGCAGUGCUCCUUUAUAGUCAUAUCAUUUAUAUUCUACUUUUCCUGCAAAGAGCUCCAGGGCAUGGAUGUACAUCCCUCCCCCCCUUUAUCAUUACACAUCCCUGUGAGAUGAAUAGAAAGCUCCCAUUUCCUUAGUCAGACCAUUUGUGUACCUAGCUCAGGGUUUUCUGGACUGACUGGCUGUGGUUCUCUAGGACUGUGGGAAAGGGGCACUUCCAUCCCCCCAUGGAAACACCAGGAUUGAAGCGAGAAAAGUCUGCCUGCUCAGAGUCACAGGAGAGCUCUGUCCCUCAAGGAAAGACCUGCCUAUACAGAAUCAGACCAGUCCAGAUGUGUCUAACCCUUUUUUAAAGCAGUAGCAGCAUUUUCUAAACAAACAACUUUUCUUUUCUAUUAUGUAGUGUAACUUUUUUGUAAUGAAUGUUAUGACUGGAAUAAUCUUAUGUAAACUGCUUUGUGAGGCCUGCCUGAAAAGUGAUAUAUACAUCCUACAAUUUUUAGUUUAUGAACACAAGGCUUUAGGGUUGAAUCAAAUUUGUGCUCUGCAGUUGGUCUCCCCCAUGUGGCUCUUCCCCAUGUUACCCAUAGACUUGGGGGAGGGGGCGUCAUCCUGCCUCUUAGCAUUCUUUGACACAGGGGAGAAUCCAUCAGGAAGCUCUGCUGUGGAAGUCCAACCAAAUGUCACGGUAGGUUGCACCCUGUGGAUUAAAUCUGUCUCCCCCUGCUGCCCUCCAUGGCUUCUUAAUGGCACCCCAGAUUUCACAACCCCCCCCUCUCUUGCUGAACGGGGGGGGGGGGUAGGGGGCAACAAUGCACAUCACUCUGCUCGCACUCACACUGAGUUUCACCUGCCAGUUCCACUCGUUUUGCAGAGACCCUUUUAGAACUCCCCGCAAUUCCCUUUUGGUUGAAUCCCUUUGAACAAUUUGGCACCCUCAGCAAACCUGGCUCCUUCACUGCUCACUCCUGGGGGGGGCAAUAUCCAUUCCCCCCCCCCAAUCAGGAGAAUAGCUUGUUUAUUCCUGCUCUCCAUUCCUGUUUCAAGCCAUCUUUUGUUCUGUAAGAGAAACUCUCCUCUAAUUCCAUUCCUACCAAGCUGGCUCAGGAGUCUGGGGAGACAAGUAAUUCAUCAAAAGCUUUUUUGACCCGUCAAUAAAAUGUUAGUAGACAGUCCCAGUCCCAAUAUCAAAAGCUUAUUGGAAGUCCAGGCAUACAGCAUCAACUGGCCAUUCUGUGCUUGCUGACACUCAAAUAACUUUAAUACGUUAACCAGACAGGACUUGGCCUUCUGCCAGUUAUGAAAAAGCAGUGGCAUAAUAUUCUCACAUUUAAUUAUUUUUAUUCAUUUCAUAAAAUUUAUAUGCCACUUGACUGUAGAAAAAAAUCCCUCAAAGCAGUUUACAAAUAGAAUAAAACUAUAACAAUUUGAGGGGUUUGACUAGAUGAUCAAAGGAUCCCUUCCAUCUAUAAUUCUAUGAUUCUAUGAAUAAAAUUAUUAGUAAAAGCAAUUAAAGCAUUCAGAGAAUUAAAACUAGCAAUAACCAAGAACAUAUCAGUGUUCUAGAUAUUUUUAGCAGGUGCUGCCUAAGAGAGUACCGGGAAGACACCCACCUGAUAUCACUCAUACCUGGCCCCCGUUAUUUCAUCACAGUUCACCAGUACAAUUUGCAGCUUGCCUCCCUGCACUUCCUCAGCCUCCAGUGCGUUCACUUGGUUUCAGGUGGGGGGGGGAUUUCAGAGGAGAGCCUCCGAGAGUGCGCUCAGCAUUUCAGCAGAUUCAGUAGAAGGUGGUCUAUCAGUUGAGUGCAUGCAAAUCUUGCACCUCUUCCUCGCAUGAGAUCCCUAUGAGACUUUACAGCAGAAAUGCAGUGAAUGGAAACAUGAAGUGAAUGUGGACCCACGGGCCUCUGCUUCCAGGAACACCUGAGCAAGUCUGGCAAGUUAGCCGAUCCCGUGUGAAUGUUCUCAGUAGGCCUUGUCUUCCUCUUUAAACAUGAGGGCUAGAACCUUGCCCCUUUAUUAUUAUUUUAAGCUGAGCAGGUAAAUAAUGGGUGUGUGACCAUGGUUGGGACAGGUGUGAAAGGGAUUCAGCCUCCUUGGCUGCCAGUUUCUUACCCCCAGAGAAUACAGUGGUACCCCUGGUUAUGAAUGUUUCGAGUUACGAUCUCUGCUAACCCGGAAGUAGCUGCUGCUGGUUGCAAACUUUGCCCCAGGAUGCAAACGGAAAUCGUGCGCCGGAGGUGCACGUGCAGCGGGAGGCCGCAUUAGCGAAAGCGUGCCUCAGUAUAAGAACGGUUUCAGCUUAAGAACGGACCUCCGGAACGAAUGACGUUCGUUACCAGAGGUACCACUGUAUAAAUAGUUUCUGAUUUCUGGUUGUAGUUGUUGCAACGUGGUUUUAAACAGGGAGCAGAGACCUUCACUAUACAGUAUCUUGAGUGCAUUACAUUCGAGCAGAGCUGGUUGUCUUCACUGACCCAAUAAGAUGGAGGGAGAUUAAACAAAGACUGCUCAUUCUUUUGGAUACAUAACACUUGACCUACAAGGGCAUCAAUGGCCCAUCAGCUGACCAGGAGUUAACUCUGUUAUAAAGGGUUAUAAAGGGUCAGGUUGGGUGGAGCUUCAGGUUUAUGCGAGGGCCUUAUUUGGAGACAAAAUGUGUUAAGGACCAAAGAGGGCCUCUGGGUGGAUUUGUGGAUAAAACAGAGAGGCACAGAAACAUCAGCUUAUAUGGAUUAUAAAUAAUGUAUAACAAAUGCAAUUUCAAAUAAAAGUAACUCCAAAAUCCCCAGGCUGGUAACCUAAGCAGGACUAUAGAUACAGAUUUUCUAGAAGUACCCAGACUAUACUGCCAGCAAAGUCCAUCCAUUCAAAUAAAUAAAUAAAUAAAUAAAUAAGGAAUGCAUAAGCCACUUUGUACAUCCUGUCAGGGAGAUGCAAACGGCAAAAGAGCUAAGGGGAGAGACCAGCACUUAUAGAGAGCCUAAAGAGAUAAUUAGUAGCCUGUCGUCCGACAGCGAAGAAGAGGCAGGGAGGGGGGAGGCUGAGCCCGGAACUAGUUAUUCUUUGAACAGAGGAAAUCAGAGGCGGGGUUUCCGCUGACUAGCCUGCUGGGGAAGAAAAAGUAAAAAAAAAAACAUACGAGAAAUCUUAGCCGACAGGGUCAGACAUGCUUUGAAGCUCUGGAAACUUUCUUUUGAUCUUUGUAAAUAAAUCUAAAAGACAGCAACUGGGAGCGAGCCUGGAGUUUUAUCUAUGCUGGCUUUGGCAGCACUCACCUCUCACACAUCCACAUUGUGAAAUAGCAAUAAUAAUAACAGCAGUAGUAAUAAUAAUAAUAAUAAUAAUCCUGCUCUUCCUCUUAAAGGAGUUCAGGGCUGCAAACAACUACCCAAACUUUAAAAACAACUGGAUAUAUUCACAGCUAAAUAAUAUAAAUGAUCCAAGGAACAUUAUCUUUCAGCCACCCAGGGUCUGGAUGGACAGGAAUGUUCUUAAAUUAAACCAUAAUAAGGGUAUCCACAGGGACAUUUUCAACCAACUGUUUGUGCAAACAUCGUGUUUCGAUAUGGAAUAGGAUUCCCCCUUCCCAGGAUUUAAUAUAGCUAAUAUAUUAAAUCAAAUAUAUUAAAUUAUAUCAUAUCAAUAGAGCCAAAGUAGUGUAGUGGUUAGAGACUCAGACUAUGAUCUGGGAGAGACAAGGGUUUGAAUUCCCACUUGGCCUUGAAGCUCACUGGGUGCAGCGGCAGAGGAAGACUCUCAGCCACCUGGGGCAUCCCUAUGGGCGCCACAUGCCCCAUCCCGUCCCUAUAGGGAUGGCAUAGGGAGGGAUGGAGCGUGCCGUGGGGCCUCAGCCGCCCUACAGCAGCUGGCGGACAGCGCGGAGCCUGUGGGCGCCAAGAUGCAUGGCUUGUGCGCACUGCAGGCCCUGCAGUGAGUACCGCCGGCCAUUUUGUCACCCCCCGUCAGGGUGGCACCCGGGACACACCACAGCCCCUGCAUCCCCCUUCCUAUGCCCCUGACUGGGUGACCUUGGGGGCCAGCCACUCACCUUAAGCCUAACCUACCUCACAGGGUUUUGGGGAGGAAAAAUGGGGAGGAGGAGAACUCUGUAAGCCACCUUGUGCUCCUUGGAGGGAAGAUGAGAUAUAAAUGCAAUCCAUCAAUCAAUCAACCCUCUGGACAGAUUGCAAAACCAUGUGUUUUGAAUUAACUCCAUCCACUUCUUCCCUGACAGAGGAAGAAAGUCUAAUGUGUUCAUUAAGUCAUUCUCAACGCUGGUGCAAUUUUCUAGCCUAGGGAAGCUGCCUGAUCAGAUGUGGAUGAUUCAUCUCCAUCUUUCUCCAGGCAGGCCAAAACAUUUUAAUUGAAUUGGAAUUCAAUUGCCAGAGCUCCAGCUGCUACAAAAAUAAAUAAAAAAUAAAUUGGAAGGUAAAGUUGGCUUUGUGUUUGCCUGGUGGAAUUGGCCAAAGAUUUGUUUAAAACAGCAGGAUAUUUUCUAGAUAAUGGCUUGGAUCCAAUUCUAGUCUUACUUAGAGUAGACCCACCGAAGUUAACAAGCAUGGCUCAUGUAUGCCAUUAAUUUCAAUGGGUGUACUCUGUAUAGGACUGAGUUGGCUACAACUUGACAUCUUAAACCUGAUAUUUAAUAUUUAUUGAGCUGGCUUGUAAAACAUGAUGACCUAGAUAGAAUAAAUAACGUAAAAUAAUUUCAGGCUACAACUUGAAAGCUGCAGAGAAUUGCAGUCAAACUGUUUUAUUGUGUGCUGCUUUAACUGGACAGAUGUGCAAACUGCCCUGGGACUUUUCUUGAUGAACAGGGUGGUUAAAACAUCAUGUAGAUUAAAGCAAGGAAGCAAAGAAACAGGCAGGUGGUUUGGGCUGCCCAUGAAAGAGUCUGGAGGCAAAGCGUGAGCAAUCACUGCUAAAUAUCCCUUGUUCCCUCCUUGUUUAUUUGCCCCUCUCUCCCUCCUAUUUCUGUCCUGCAAGGAUGGAGAAUUUGUGACUUCCAGAAGUUGUUGGACACCAUACAGUAUCCCAUCAUUCCCAGCCAGCUUGGCCACUGCUCUACUGCCUCCCCUGUGCCAAUUUUUAUAUUGCACAUUCCUCGGGGCAGGGACCUUUUCAUUGUUACAUAGUAAAAGCUAUGGUUUGCCCAGUAGUGAUGUAUGGAAGUGAAAGCUGGACCAUAAAGAAGGCUGAUCGCCGAAGAAUUGAUGCUUUUGAAUUAUGGUGCUGGAGGAGACUCUUGAGAGUCCCAUGGACUGCAAGAAGAUCAAAACUCUCCAUUCUGAAGGAAAUCAGCCCUGAGUGCUCACUGGAAGGAAAGAUUGUGAAGCUGAGGCUCCAAUACUUUGGCCACCUCAUGAGAAGAGAAGACUCCCUGGAAAAGACCCUGAUGUUGGGAAAGAUUGAGGGCAGAAGGAGAAGGGGACGACAGAGGACGAGAUGGUUGGACAGUGUUCUCGAAGCUACCAGCAUGAGUUUGACCAAACUGCGGGAGGCAGUGGAAGACAGAAGUGCCUGGCGUGCUCUGGUCCAUGGGGUCACGAAGAGUCGGACACGACUAAACGACUAAACAACAACAACAAAAAACAACAACCGUGCACACCAAUGGUGCCUUGUAUGCCUCUGAAAUUGGGGGUGGCUAAUGAAGAUAGGGCCUUAUUUGUGGUGGCACUGCAGUUGUGAAGCUCCCCCCUUUCACUACCUGUGCCAAGUGUCUGGUGACUUUGAGGAAGCAGAUGAAGGCUGCUUUAUUGUCUGGCACGUCCAAUGGUUCUAAACACAUUUCUAGUGGCUUUUAGCAAUCUAACAAGUGAGGUCUGCAGCAAAAUGUUAUAGUGUGGAGUGCUCCAGUUUAGGGGGCCAGUCAUCCAUGCUGGAUACUCUGUGAUGCUUUAUUCCAUCCCCCCUGUCCUUGGUUUUCCAUGCCUGCUUAACAGUGCCCAGUUCUCACUGGGCUAUUUUUGUUUCAUGCCCUAGCCAAGGGGUCUUAGCCCACCUCCCAUUUUUUUAUUGUACUUCUGCAUAACUUGGUGUUUCACUGCAAGUCUUUUAAAGCCCCCUUUCUGAGUGUGGCUGGUGACUUUAUUCCUAGGAAAGGACUGGCACUCAGAAAAUAAGUUCUCUGUUUGUAUACAAGAUGAUUUUACAUAAAAACCUAAGUUGUUUGUGGUAAACUGUCUGGACAAAUUCACAGAAAACAGAUUUCGGUUUAAAGCUGCUAGUCCAUGGCAGCUUACAUAUUUAUUUAGAGAUUUGACGACUCACCACUUUUCAAGGCAAAAUGUCUCUGCAAAACAGAGGGGGCCAGAUGUGAGUGCAGGGGUCAGAUCAGAAGCUCAGGCCCUUUGGGAGCCCCCCCCCCCCAGCAGCCCUUCAUUUGCCUCCUGGACAGGCUGGAAUGUAUCCUUGAAGUGUGACUCUGCCGCUUUCCUGCCUGUGGAGAGGAAAGAGCUGGGGCAGGCACAGAAAUCUCUGACUCCUCUUGCCCCUGACCACGCCUACUUGGAAGAGACCCCCUGGCCCCUGGAGGGUGGCCUGUGGCGGGAACAUGGCCCUCUGGGACUGAAGGUCAUUUGGAAGAAUCAGUGGAGGCUGCUCUGUAUGGGCCAAUGGGGCACUGCCCCACCAAGCUCCCUCUUCAUUCCUCCAGACGACCUCCAGGCUGUCUACUCCCUCCUUAUUCUGUCUUGCCAUCCUAACAGCAGGGACAAGGGUAGAAUUUCCCUUUCUGUCUGUCUCCCUGCCUUCUGCCAUAUCCGCCCUAAGAAGCAGCUCUGGGAAGAAGAAGCAUUUUCAGGGCUCUUGUGUUUUCCUAUCCUUGCACAGUAGUGGGGAAAGGCAUCAUCAUCAUCAUCAUCAUCAUCGUCAUCAUCAUCAUUAUUAUACUGCCCUAUACCUGGAGGUCUAAGGGUGGUUCACAGAAAAGUCAAGGCAGUUCCUGUUUUGCUUCUGAGCACUCAGAGGCUUUCAGCAGACCACUGUCAGAAUGUUGGGCUAGCCAGCCUGUGAUGAGGAUUUAUUUUAUAAAAUAAAUCCAAGGUUUGAUGGAUAGUUAGAUAGAUUUUCUUUAUUGAAAAAUAAGUAUAAAAUUACAACUGUGCAAGGUAAAAUAAGACAUGAAUAGUAAUAUAAUAAAAUAGCACCCAUGUAAAAAACAAACAAAAAACAUAAACAUUACAAGAUUGUUAUUGUGCUUAUCUUAAACCUAACCUAAUACAGUGUUUAUAAAAAUGAUUUCCAAAUAUCGUAAAAUUUGUCCACAGCAAGUCUAUGUUUGUACGCAACUUGUUCAUGUGUUGCAAGUUUAUACAUAUCUUUUUUCCAUUCGUUGAACAGAACCUCAUUUUUAUUCUUCCAGUUCAUCAAUACCUGUAUUUUUGCCAUAGUAAGGGCACGGAGAGUCCAUUCAUAUUGUCCCUUUGUAUUGGAUAUAUAAUUCAAAAGUAUAUUUUGCUCUGCAAAUUUAAGAGUUUUCUAUACAGUCAGUCAUUUCUAUUCUCUGCCAAAAAUUUACCAAUGUAGGACACUGGAAGAACGUAUGUUUUAAAUUCACCGCUUGACUGUAACCUUCCCAAAAACCCCCUCAAAGUGGUUUCCCUAAAAUAUAUAGCAAUAAAAUUAUCAAUAAAAAAGAAUUAAUAAUAAUUUAUGACUUUUGGGGGGAAAGUAGGCUAAGAAUUUUCUAACUUGCUAAACAUGUGGGUAGGCUAGUCUAUACAAUGUUUUUUCAGCAGACACCGAAAAGAGUGCAGGGAAGGCACCUCCUGAUGUCAGUGAGCAGGGAGUUCCAAAGUGUAGGAGCUGCCACAAUCAGGGAUCUCUUUCCUACCAAUGUGGAACAGAUGAUGAUAAGUGGCGUCUGCAACAGAGCCAGUUCCGCAGAUGGGAGCGUUGAAUUGGCCUAUAUGGGGCAUCACAAUACUCCUCCCCAGCAGCAGUGCAGUAUUAUUAUUAUCCCUGAUUGAGCUCAGUGCCGCUCGUCUUCUUCCUUGCUGACUUGGACAUUUGGAUGACAUUCCACUCCCUUUCUUGUUAAGUACUGGCCUUGGCUGCUUCUCCAGGCCGAUAUAAUUACACAGCAGGUUGCUUUUGCAAGAGUUAACCCACUUCUCUUUGUUACCUUGCGCCAGCCUUUUGAAAUGGAACUCCCUGAAGUGAUAGCUCUGAAAAAGUGAGGUGUUUUGCACAUUCUGGGAUGAAGGCAGACGUGGCCCUGGCAGCUCUUAUUUCCCUUUGUGCCGAUUCAGACCAGGUGACAUCACCGACCAGGUGCCUGCUCCCCCCUCCCCCUGUGCCACGUAAUACAAGCCCAGGAAAGAGCCUCACUUUCGGAUCACUUGGGGGGGGAGGGCUUAAUAAUUGAUGCUCCACUAGGCACAGAGAGGGCCUUGAAACCCAAACCAGUUUGGCCCAGCCCAGGUCUGCUGGUUCAGCUUCUUUCCUUUCUUAUGGUUAGUUAGGGCUGGCAAAUUAGAACAUGUUUAGCUAGUCAGAAUUAAACUAGUUUAUUGGGGCAUCCUGAUUGUGUGUUUGGGGGUCUGUAAGAGCACCUCUUGCACCCUUGGCACCGGAGAGGAACACAGGCGCCUGCCUCAUACUGAGUCAGACCACAGAGCUCAGUACUGACCACACUGACUGGCAGCAGUGGCUCUCCAGGAUUUCGGAUGGUGGACCUUUCUUCUAUCAAUAAAAUAAAAUAAUAAAAUAAAAUAAAAUAAAAUAAUUCACUCUCAUGAGUGAAGUGCAGGGGCUCUUUUUUGGUCUUGCUUACCUAACUUUUAAGCUGACUGGGGGUGGUGAUUAUGUUUUUUUUAACCUUUUUUAUUUAGUUCAUAAAAUUUAUAUACAACUUGAUUGGAAAAAACCCCCUCAAAGCAGUAUUUGUGAUUGCUCUUGCUUUCAUUCUGUAAAGCAUCUCACUGGCGCUCCGACUAUUGCAGCCUUCCUGGCUUCUUGCACUUCAGUUCAAGACUCCUCCCAUGGGGCCUUUUCAGCCCAGGAAGUGCCGGCAGCCAGGGAGGCUGAAGAGAGAUGGAGAAAUGUUUGCAGCAAAGAAGCAAGCAACCCCCACCCCUCCUUGGCUACUUUGCCAGGUGUAAAGGUAAAACCCUCAGACAGGGCAACAUGAUAGAAGUAUAUAAAUGGAGAAAGUAGGUGGAGAAAAGGUUUUCUCCGUCUCUCAUAAUACUCAGACUCAUGGACACCCAAUGAGGCUGAACGCUGGAAGAUUCAGGACAGAGAAAGUGCAGUACUUUCCCCACCGACACACAGACAAACUAUGCCACUUGCUCCUCCAGGAGGCAUUGGAUGGCUUUAAAAGAGGAUGGGAGGCUUUCAUGGCGGAAGAGGCUGUUGGCGGGACAGGAGGGGGCUCUUGGGCUGGCAUCCUGCUUGCGGGUUUCCCCCGGGGGCACCUGGUUGGCCACUGUGAGAAGAGGAUGCAGGACCGGAUGGGCCCCUGGCCAAUGUCGGAACCUGCGAUCGGCCAAGCUCCUCCGGAAUCGCCUCUGACGUGAUUAACGACCUGAGCCUUUGAUAAGGCACAUUCCAUUAUGCAGAGAAUCAAAGCAGCAUGUGGAAGUGAUGAGAUUUAUGGCUACAUUGCAAAGAGUUUUAUUUUCCUAACUACGCAGACAGAAAACACAUCCUCUCUCUGUGAAAGCAGAGAGCAACUGAAACAAACAAAGGAACAGGAAACAGUAACAUCAUGUCCAUCUCCCGUCUCCCGUGAGACUUCCAACAGCCUGGAAUGUCUCUGGAAUGUAAACAGAGUCUUGUGACUCAAAGCACUGCACAGUGGCAAACAGAAACUAACAUCCUCCCCCUUUCUGUGAACAUCACUGGGCAGUGUGUUAGUACAAUCUCAGUACAAACCCAAUUUCUGUACAUAGGUACAGUGUUGAUCCUUCGAAACAUCCUUGGACAAUAAAUCAGCAUGAAUUUCAUUACCUGGCAUGUAGGACACCGUUACGAGUCCUUUCUGAACACAAUCUCUAGCAUGUUGCAGCUUCAAUUGCAAGUGCUUUGUGCUUUGCUUACAACCUUCAGAAGUCAGCAAAGCCAAACAUGCUUUGUUGUCCUGAUAAACCUGGAUUGGACACUUUACAGGAAUUCUCAUGACUUUAAACAAUUGUAACAACCAUUCACAAUCCACAAGUGAAUAAGACAGUGCAUUCAGUUCAGCUUCACAAGAACUUAAGCUUACUGUUGUUUGCUUCUUGCACGACCAAUCAAAUAGACCCUGGUUGUACAUAUAGCAAACUCCAGACAUGCUUUUCCUGUCUGUAGUAUCACUUCCAAAACUCGCAUCAGCAAAUAUCUCAAGACCAUCAGACUUCUGAUUGUUAAAUCUCUGUCUGUAAUGCAUAGUGCCUUUCAAAUAGCGUUCUUAAGGAAAUCAGCCCUGAGUGCUCACUGGAAGGACAGAUCGUGAAGCUGAGGCUCCAAUACUUUGGCCACCUCAUGAGAAGAGAAGACUCCCUUGAAAAGACCCUGAUGUUGGGAAAGAUUGAGGGCACAAGAAGAAGGGGACGACAGAGGAUGAGAUGGUUAGACAGUGUUCUCGAAGCUACAAACAUGAGUCUGACCAAACUGCGGGAGGCAGCGGAAGACAGGAGUGCCUGGCGUGCUCUGGUCCAUGGGGUCAUGAAGAGUCGGACACGACUAAACAACUAAACAACAACAUUAUUUUAGUACACCAGUCACAGAAAAUUGCUGAUGUGUUAACCAAACUAAGCCUGAUGGAUGCUAACCCUGUAGACACCCCAAUGACAACAGGUUAUCAGGUAGAUGAUACUGAAGAAGCAUUUUCUGACACUACACUGUACAGAAGUGUGCUAGGCAAACUAAACUUCAUUGCCAGAUGUUCAAGACCUGACACUGUAGUUAGCAUGAAUUUGCUAAGCAGACAAGUCAACAAUCCUACUGUUAAGGAUUGGAAAGCUCUGUGUGCAGCAUCCGGAACAAAAAGAAUGUUGCGUAUUGAUGCACCCAAGCUCUGAAGAACAACCGUUCCAUAGCCUUGACUGGAGAUCGUGUGGUCAUCCGCUUGGUGAAUAGCACCUUCCUGCGGAGUAAAGGACACGAACAGGUGUUUGUCUUUGCAGACGUGCCGGGUCGCUCCCGAGUCAACGAUGAAGAAAGAUCUAGACGUCUUCUGGACCUUUGGAGUGAAGCGUGAGACCAUAGCCUUGUGUUGCGUUGUCCUGGACAUUGGCCCUUUGCCUUUGCCUUUUCCACGCGUUGAGCUUUCGCUGCGCUGCUCUGUUGUCUUGGCCUUGGGAUGUUUGUACUCCCUCUUCAUGUGGCCAAGACGUCCACAUGAGUAGCAUUUCACUGACUUCAAAGCUUUGGCACCAUCUAGUGGUUGCACUGCAUUCUGGGAUGACGUCUGUGAGGACUCCCCCUUGAUGAUACAGCUAGCACUAUGCUGAUCCGCUUCAUUCAACACCACAGCAGUAAUAUGCGCUACUGUUAGCUGAGCAGUAGGCAAAACAGCAAGCUGGCUGGCAAUCACUUCCCAGCUUGAACCCAAAGAAUGUAGAAUCAUGAAGGAAUACACAGCCUCUGGGAAGGUGAUUCCACACUGUUGCAACUCAUGCCUGAGAUUCUGUAUUUCCAUGAGGUGAGCAUGUACAUCUGCUCCAUCAACAAGUGUCAUAUCAUGCAACCUGGCAUAAAAGUACAAAGAAGCUCCCACCUCUGUUCUUAAAUGUGACUGUUGGAGACUGUCCCACAUCUCUCUGGCUGAGGCCUUGUCACGCAAAAGACAUAGCUCUUCAGGGGACACAAUCAGCGUCAGAGUUCCCCUUGCUUUGGAAUCCUUAGCCUCCCAUGCUUCGGUAACUGGAGCUGGGGGGUGGGGCGUCUGUUAUCACAUUAAAUAGACCCUCUUUUCUUAGCAGAGCUUCUGCAUACUGCACCCAGUCCUGAUAAUUCCUCUUUGUGAGCUUCGGAAUUGCCAUUGCAUUUUGAAGGGCCUCCAUUAUUCUGGCAUUAGCCUUCUGUGUCAUUUUGAAGCAGGCUCUGUCUGUUUACAAGCAGCUGCAUUCCAAAAGCACCCUUCUUGAGGCAUUUGCAUGCCCCUGAGCUUCUGCCACAAUUGGUCAGUGCUUUGGCUAGAAGUUCAAAAGGACUGGCAGGCUUCCCGGGGCAAGAGCACAUACCUCUCAUCAAUCUUCUUGACAUGCAGAGAAGAUAAGCUGCAUUCCGUUCUUCUGGGCCCAUAACCAAAAAUGUUGGAACCUGCGAUUGGCCGAGCUCCUCCAGAAUCGCCUCCGACGUGAUUAACGACCUGAGCCUUUGAUAAGGCUCCAGGCACAUUCCCCAUUACUCAGAGAAUCAAAGCAGCAUGCGGAAGUGAUGAGAUUUAUGGCUACAUUGCAAAGAGUUUUAUUUUCCUAGCUAUGCAGACAGAAAACACAUCCUCUCUCUGUGAAAGCAGAGAGCAAUUGAAAAAAAAAAAAAGGAACAGGAAACCAGUAACGUCACAUCCAUCUCCCGUCUCCUGUGAGACUUCCAACAGCCUGGAAUGUCUCUGGAAUGUAAACAGAGUCUUGUGACUCAAAGCACUGCACAGUGGCAAACAGAAACUAACAGCCAGAUCCAGCAGAUGCUCUGCUCAUGUUCUUAGAGUCUUGUCUUUUUGGCAACUACUGAAUAAGUUCUUCUUCUAAAUAGAGAGCUUUAUCCCUGCUGUUUUUAUUUAAUUAUUAUUUCUUAUUCUUAUUCAUUUUAUUUCUAUACCACUUUAUAUUUUUAACAUUAAUACAGUGGUGCCUCGCAAGACGAAAUUAAUCCGUUCCGCGAGAGUCUUCGUCUAGCGGUUUUUUCGUCUUGCGAAGCAACCCUAUUAGCGGCUUAACGGAUUAGCGCUAUUAGCGGUUUAGCGGCUAUUAAAGGCUUAAAGGCUUAGCGGAUUAGCUGCUAAAAGGCUAUUAAAGGCUAUUAAAGGUUUAGCAGAUUAGAUAAAGGGGGGGGAAAGCGAAAAAAAAAUCUCAAGAUUCGCAAGACAUUUUCGUCUUGCAAAGCAAGCCCAUAGGGAAAUUCGUCCUGCGAAGCAACUCAAAAACGGAAAACCCUUUCGUCUAGCGGGUUUUCCGUCUUGCGAGGCAUUCGUCUUGCGGGGCACCACUGUACCUCAAAGUAGUUUGCAAUCAACAUUAAAACAUCAAAUUUUUAGAAUUAAACAUUACAGAAGAAGAUCAAACAUGAAAUAUAAACUCAAAGCAACAUAAUUAACAAAAAAGUAAAAUAUUGUAAAAUCAUAGAAUCAUAGAAUUAUAGAGAUUGAAGAGACCCCCAAGGGUCCUCUCGCCAGAAAGCAUCCCUGGCAGAUGGCCACCCAACCUCUGCUUAAAAACCUCCAAGGAAGGAGAGUCCACAACCUCCCGAAGGAGACCAUUCCAUUGCUGAACAGCAAUUACUGUCAGAAAGUCCUUCCUGAUGUUUAGUCGAAAUCUCCUGUCUUGUUUGACUCCUGCCCUUCAGAGCUGGAAAAAGCUUGCUCCAUUAUCUUUUUUAUCUUAAAGAUUUCAAAACAAGACAUUUUAUGCAGCAAACCUUUUUUAUUAUCUUAAAGUUUUCAAAAUAAGACAUUACUAAAGGAGGUCAAAUGUAGAAUACACAUUUAAAACAGCAUAGUUAGCAAGAGAAUAAAGCAUUUUCUUAAACACAGAACAUAAUUGUGCUGUUGUUGUUUUAAGUUGUUUCUCUAUAUGUAAUUGUUUUCUAAUUGUUCUUACAGAUUCCAUUGUUUUAAAUGUUUUCUAUAUGCCAGCUGUUUUUGGAUGCCACACAGGAAGCGAUUCAUAAAUGAAAUUAUCACCACCACCCUCUCAAAUCAGUCAAUACUUUUCUUACCACCUUCCCAAUGAAAACACCAUGUUUCCUUUCUCUUUUUGUCUCAUUUGCAGGAUUGCACUUUCUUCACACGAAAGGAAAUCCUUCGGUAAGCAGAUCACACUUCCUUCUGCUCUGCUAAUUUGUGCUGGGGCUGGUGGUGGUGCUCACAUCAUUCCCAGUGGAAGGAAUUCAGGAAGUUCAGAUUCCUUUUUAGAAGAAAGGGUUUGUGUACUGAGAUGUAAUGCUUGGUGAUAUAGAAACCACCCAAGUGAAGCAAGAUAAAAGAAAGGACUUCUUCAUGCAGUCCAGUUAAACUAUGAAACUCCCUGCCACAGGAGGCAGCCAUGGCCACCAACCUGGAUGGCUUUAAAGAGGAUUGCACCAAUUCAUGACGGAGGAGAGGGCUAUGGAUGUCUGCUAGCCAGGAUGGCCAUGCUCUGCCUCUGCAGCGAUGCCUUUGAAUACCAGUUGCGAGAAACUGCAGGGAGAGGGCUUUUGUGCUUGCCAGUUUCCCACAGAUAUCUGCCACUGUGAGAACGGGAUGCUGGGUUAGAUGGGUCCUAGGCCUGAUCUAGCAGGCUGUUUGCAUGUUCUUGCGUUCUUAUCGGUUUGGUUUAAGAGGGAGAAGAUGAUCCCAGUGAGGGCAAGCUGCUGCCUGGCACCAUCUGGCGGCCACCGACUUUGUCUGCCUGAUCUGGACCAUCGUUGUCUCUGCUGAGGACUCAUCUGCACAGGCCUUUGCUGGGGGCCCUCUAGGCACAAGUCCAUCCAGGCUUCCCAGGCCCAGCUCUGAGCGCUUUGCUUUGUCCUGGUGCUUUCCCUUGGAAAACCUGUGUUUUGCCGCUGAAUUGGAGCAGGCAGCAAUUCUCAGAACCUGAUAGCUGGUUGCUCCAAUUCAGCGGUAAAAUGUGGGUUUUUCUGGGGAAAUGCUGGGACAAACAAACACCCUGCUUGGAGACGGACCUGGAAAGCCUGGGCGUGUGCCUAGAAACACGGAGCAAAGCUAAGAGUGGAUGAGGCCCAGCUAGCUGUGCCCUUUCCAGGGCUCUGGCAGAGGUCUUUCCUAUCACCUCCUGCCUUAUCUAUUGUGGAGAUUCCAGGGAUCUAUGAAGCAGGGACCAGACAAACCACACUUUCUACAACGGAGUGAUUGUCCUGCUUCCAGGCACUGUCUGGCUUUCCUACCAUUUAGCCCAGUGUUGUCUACUCUGGCUGUCAGCUGCUGUCCAAGAACUCAGGCCAGGGUUGCUCCUGCCCUCCUAGCUGAGAGCCUCCUGAGAUGCCGAUCAAUGAACAUGCUCAGAUGAUGAUGACCCAGACAAGGAGUCUCUGCUCCCUUUUACAGAUGUUUCCCAUACCAGAAGAAUUGUCAUGUCUUCAUGCUUUCAGGCUGGUCUCAUCACAAAUGUUUUCAGCAGACACUGAAAAAAGUACAGUGAAGGCACUUGCCUGAUGUCAAUGGGCAGGGAGUUCCACAGAGUAGGUGCUGCCACACCCAGAGAUCAAUUUCUUGCAGGUGCAGAAGGGUUUUAUGUGGCACUUACAGCAGUGCCAGCUAGUGUAGACCCUCCCUAGAAUUAUAUGUAUUCAUUUCAGCAAAAACAAGUGUCACUUCUGUGUUCAGUGUACCUAAAAGGUAAAAUAAAAAUGAAUGAUAAUUCUCUGUCCAGCCAAGGCUGCAGGACUUUCAGUUCCCACAAAGAACAUAAUAGUCUGAGGAGAAAAGAAUGUGUCAGGCAGGCACUGGAGGGUGGAAUAAGGGAACUGUGCUAAUGGGUACAGUCUCCGUUGGUUUAUUGAUGCCCUGCCUGGCUGACCCUUCCUCACAAAUAUUUCCCCUUAGGAACAGCCAACAUUUUCUGUCUGCUAGGUAUGCUGUAUCUUUGCAUGGCUCAGCCAAACCCCCCAUCCUUCCCAAACUGGUGUUCUGUUGAAACCGGACCUCUUGUUUCUCCAAAGUUUUCUUUGCCUCCAAAAGAUGCUUCCAUUCCCCUGCCAAGUCUCUUUGAAAGAGUGCUAGAAUUUCAUUCUUUGUUUGGCAGGUGUGAGAUUAACCUAAUUCAUCAUUUUAAAGAGGCUGUGUGUGGUGCGUGUAUGCUUUUAUUUCUCUGCCCUGCUUUUGAAUGCCAGUUGCUGGAAACCAUGGGGGGGGGGGAGUAUUCUCACACUGGGAUGGGAUCCCGCUUGCGAGUUUCCUACAGGCAUCUGGGUAGUCACUUUGAGAACAGGAGGUUGGAGUAGAUGGGCUAUUGGCCUGAUCCAGCAGAGCUCUUAAUGCUCUUCUGAACCUCUGGCUUUUGUGUGGCUGGCAUGCAGCCUCCCGUGCAAAGGUGAGAGUUGCACCCAUUGCUCUGUCUGCUUUUGCCUCUGGCCCCUGAAAACUUUCCCAUGUGGAAAUGUGGCCCUUGGACUGAAGGAGGUUCUGCACCCUGAACAACUUCUCUCUUUCAUGGCUGCUCAUCAUCUACUGGUAUUCAAAAUCUUGAGAUUAACUGCAGCCGUGAUGAGUAGCCAGGGGUGGACUUUCAUUCCAAGAUGACAACUCCCCACGUUGCCCUUUCCCAAAGGACCUAGGGUCAGGCUCCAUGGCCCAGUUCCACCUUCUCCUUCCUGUAAAAAUGUUCAAGAGAGUGGAAUAAUUAAAUCUGGGAGCCUCUCCCGGCUAAUGGAUUUUUGCCUGUCUCCUUCUUCUUUCAAUGAUAAUUUGAAGAAAACCUUUAAUGAGGGAAUAUGAUUGAUGCUUGUCCACAGCAAGAAAGAAAGAAAGAAAUGUGCUCCAAGAUCCCAUUAGUAACUGGCAAUAGAUGGAGAUAAAAAGCAGGCUUUUCAGGGUAGCUCAGCAGGCAUCCCAGAUGGAGCAUGGAUCUCUGAAAGUGUAUGUGGCACAACAUCCAUGGGAGCACAUAGCACCUCGGGACUUGGCCUCUGAGAGAUGCAACACCCUCCCGCCUACGGAUUCACGGAGGGGGCCGUGUUGCUUUCCACUGAGCCAGCUAAUUGGUUCUGGGUCUGUCUGUCACAACAUGAAAUUACUCCUAAGGAGAAUUGCUUCAGCUUUGGAUUUUUUGGAAGGCCACAGGCAGAGGCGUAGGAAGGUCAGGUGGUACCUGGUGCAGAAAAUUUCUUGUCACCCCCCUACCCGUUGAUUUUUAAAUUUUUUUUUUGCCUUCAAAAAUGGUUUUACGUUAUUUCAUAUUUUCUUACAAAGGAAUAUGGAUUCUGCGCCUCUGAUAAAAAGUAGCCGACUGUGGACAGAUACUUAAAUCUACAGGAUGGAUUGUGUUUAGGCUUUACACAGAGAGGAACCCCACAUGGGUUUCCCCGCAUGUAACGUAACAGGCAGGGAGCCAGCGCAGAUGGAGAGAAAGACCUUGGGGGAGGGGAGGACAAAAGAGUGCCAAAGUCAGCCCAUUUGAUCCUCUUUGGGGUGGGGGCGCUAGGGCUCUGGGACCACCCUCCCCAAAAGAUUAACUUGUCUUCAAUGUAUUGUUACCACUGUUAUUCUAUAGUUCAGAUCCUUUUUAAAUUAAACACUUUCUCUAAAAUUAAAACAGCAGAAGUAAUCAGUAGCAUAGAUAUCAAAGGAAAGGCAAGAGAACAGUCCCUAAUAGAUACAAGGGAGACACAGAUACACCAGCACACAAAAGUGAAUAAAAUCCAGCCUUGGGGAGAGGGGUGGGAAUGUACAGUUUGCUGUACUUAGCCUUGAGAUAGGAGACUGAAAGGGCUUAAGAAAUAAAAAAUAAAAGUCUUGCGUCUAGGAAUAUUUUUCUGCAAAAGUAUCAGACUGGUUGUCAAAAGUGUGAACUUCAUUAAUAGACCCUAAUUAGCCACAGAAUAGCUUUGCUGCUUUUUCUCAUCUUCUUUUAAUUACACAACUGCUUUUUUGGGGGGGGGGGGGUCCUGGCUUCACGCAGGGGAGGCUGGGGGCAAAGGGGAGGCCGGCCUGCCGAGCUGCUCCUCCCGGCGCCACACGCGGGCAAAGCGGGGCGGCAGCGCUGCCAUUGUCCCACACGCUCCACUUUGGGGGGCAGCAAAGGUUUUUCGGAGAGGGGUUUGGGCCCGAAGGGGGUGCGCAGGACAGGCCUCCUCAGCAGCCCAGAAAGUCGGCCUAGGGAAGAAAAGGAGGCCGAGUAGACCAGGCCUUGCCUUACCUUCGCCCCGCCCCCAACCCAGCUGGCCAAUCGGCUGUGUGCAGGGGGCGGGGCGAAGGCAAGGCCAGGCCUGGUCUACUCGGCGGAGUCUCAUUUUCUUCCCCAGGCCGACUUUGCAGGACCUGGGAAGCCAAGCGGAGGGUGGGGCAGUAGGACGGGUCAUAAAAAACUUUUUUAAAAAAAUGCCUGCUCCAAAGGUCUUAUUUUACUAAACUAGGGAUUAUAUAGCUAUAUAAUUUCUUGCAUAUCAGUUAAUAUCUUGACCCUGCUCCACUGAAGGGAAAUUUUAGCCUUCAUGACAGGGAAACAACCAAGUAAACAGCUAUUUUCGUGGAGGAGGGUCGAGUUAUUAACUGAUAUGCAUGGAAUUUCACAUAUAGCUAUAUAAUCCCUAGUGUGCUAAGAUAAGACCUUUGGAGCAGGCACUUUUUUUAAAAAAAGUUUUUUAUGAACCACCCUAGUAGGGCAGUAAUUGUUCCUUGAUCAUUUGUCACCCUCUCCAUGAUGGCACCCGGGGCGCCCCUCCCCCGCCCCCUUCCUACGCCCCUGGACACAGGUAAAUUUUAUGACAUCAGCUAUUGUCUGGCCAUAGCCUUUCCCCCAUUUCUGUGUUAUUUAUGGUUUUUGGUGUCCCAGGGAUAUCUUGAGAAGAGCCAAGCCUGAUUGCUGUCCAUCACAGGAGUUUCCGAGGAAGCUCUGAAGGGACCUCUUCAGGCUGGGGGGGGGAGGGGUCUCCUCACCAGCCAGAGGCUUCUUGGGGCUCCCCUCCUGCCCCUCUAGCCUAGUAUUUCUCUACACUGACUGGCAGCAGCUCUCCAAGGAUUCUGGUAGGAGUCCCUCUGUACCUUGCAUGGAGGGGUGGAGGUUGAACCCGGGACCUUCUGCUUGCAAGGCAGAUGCUCUACCACUGAGCCCUGGGGAAGGCUGGUCUGAUCCAGCUGGCACCCGGUCUCUGGCAAACCUCCUUUCCCAGCCCUGAGACCCAGUUCUUUAACUGGAGAUGCCAGACAUUCAGCUUGAGACCCUUCUGUAUGCAAAGUGGGCAGAGUUAACUUGAGUUGCUGUGGUGUCCAAAGUUUCAGCCCAUAAUUAAAAAAAUAAAAUAAAAAAGAAAACCCACAAGCCAUCAUUUCUCUCCAUCACAUGUCUCCCCCCCCCCAAUAAUGCCUACUCAUUUCCCAGCCCAUCUGUUUUCUUAAAAAAAAUUCUCCCUUUAGGCUUCAGGACAAGAAACCCAAUUCAGCAAAUCCAGGUGCCCAGGAAUGCUUUUUGCUCUCCUGCAGAAGCAUCACAAAUGAAAAUGGAAUGUUCAGUCAGCUGGCAAAUUGCUGACUGAACAUGGCCCAUUGGCUGAAUGUGAUAUUUAUCCUGAUAGCUGCCCAGUUUCUGUGUCUCCACCUCACCUGGCCCCUUCUCCCCUCACAUUCAAAGCUGCUCGUCUGGACAGAGCAGGGAUUGGAUAGGUCUGAGUGGAAUCCCUCAGCUUCACCUCAUCAUUGCUCCGAGUUCCUGGCAUCCCUUUGCUUCUGCUCCAGUUGAAUUCCAGAAGGACUUUGGGAUUUCAGAAAGUCAAAAGGAUUCUGCUCAUGUGUCCUAAAUUUGUGGAGUGGGAAGAGAAAAAUCUUACAAACUAAUAUGCAGAGAAAAUUGAAAUCCAUCACUUCUGAAUUUGAAAAAAAUGUGUAAAUAAAAUUUCUUAUCAGCACCAUUAUCCCACUUUUAGAAGGUAGCAAAUUCUUCUGAAGCAGCUUACAAGUAAAAUAAAAAAAAAAAUCAGUAAUAACCUUACAAUAUCAGGAUACUUCCCACAGUGGUGGUGUUCUUGUUUUUUAAAUUUUUAUUUUUUUAUUUAUAUUGUUACAUCAUUACAAUUUUAAUAUAACCUUGCAAUCUUUUUAAAAAAUGAACAUUGACUUCCCUUCCUCCUUUCCGUGGGUUCUAAUAUCUUUUACUACUGCAUAUGAUUAUUACUCCGUAUUGUCUCGUUUCUCGUUUCAUUUCUGCAUAUUUUGUACUGCUGAAUUUAUUCUAAACCUGCUAACGUUUUUACCUGUUUACAGUAGUUCUUCAUAUAUUCUACAAACAUUUUUCUAAUCCUCUUUAAAUACUCUUUUAUCUUGCUCUCUUAUUCUGCUGGUUAGACUCACCAACUCAUCGUUUUCAGCAUUCCUCUCUCAUUGGGACUGCUCCCUCCCUCUACUUUUGGGCAUAUACAAUUCGAGUUGCAGUUGUUGCAUAGUGAAAUAAAUUCUUAUACAGUAGUUCUUAGGAACAUCUGACUCAAUUAUUCCUAAGAGAAACGCCUCUGGUCUUUUUGGGAAUGAACUUUUAAACAUUUUUUUAUCACAUUAUAAAUAAUCUCACCAGAUUCUUUAGUUGCUCUGCAUGACCACCACAUAUGAUAAAUGUCCCCUCUGUUUCUUGGCACAGCAUGGCUGUUCAGCAGUAUUGGGUGGGAGAAAGAGGGCCUCAGGCACAUUUUAGGAAUGUAAGACUAUAUGUUCUCAUUGAAAAUGAGAAAAUCCCAUCACCAGUGAGGAAAACAGUGGCAGAAAAUGCAUCGAGCACCGCAAAAUGUAUGCUGGAGCAGUUUUCUACUAAAUCUCAUAAACACUGUUUGGUUCACGUCUCAGGGUUUGAUGUUUCCUUUUUUGGUGGGGGUGCAUCAGGGGGAAGGAAAGGAUCCUCCUCAAAUCCGAGGCUCUGGAAAUGGUGAGAUAUGUACCCCGCCCCUGUCCAUGCACAUUCCUGGUUUGCAAUCUCUUCUGCAGGCCAGAAUCGACUGGCAUUGUUGUGGAGGAGACAUAAUGAGAUGCUCAGAAUCUCUCAUGGCCUAAUGGCCACUCAAGCCUUCCUAAUCAAUGAGCUAUUACCAGCUUUUAUCUUCCAUUCCCAGCAGUUUGCCUCCUGGGAAGUUCUUGUCACAAAGGUGGCAGAGGUCUGCACAGCCGGCUAGAGUUGGCCUUACAGCCUAGCAAAGAGGGCACUGCCCUGCCAACUGCAGCCAUCUCCCCACCAGCCUGACUUGUUUCUUACAACCCGUCAGGUGCUGGCUUCACCUGCAUUGGCUCUGGCGCCACCUGCUGUUGGUCUCCCUGCCUGUCACCCUACCAGUCCCAAUAUGCACUAGCUGAGAUGAGCAGGCCCUGGGUCCACCUCUGGUUCCCCGGCAACCAGUGAGAGCUGGAAAGACUAGCAACCAAUCAAGACGCAGAAUGGAACUUAAGUUAGCUACUGACAGUGGGAUAGGGACUUCCUGUCUGGGUAGGCAGAGGGAUCAUCUUCUCUCUCUCUCUCUCUCUAACACUGUAUUUUUCGCUGACCAUAAGAUGCACCUAGUUUUUAGAGGAGGAAGACAAGAAAAAAAAUAUUCUGAAUGAAACAGUAGAUGUAUGAUUUUUGUGGUUCAUGCUGUGGCCAUGUGAUCUGAUGGUGAAUUUGGGGUGACCUAAUGCAAAAAUCCUGAGCAUCCAUGUGGAUCCAUACUUUGUAACCACGUUUUUGCUCCAUUGCGGCCCCAGGCAACAGUGGGUGCGUGAUUUUUUUGGUGCAGGCUGUAGCCAUGGACAUGUUAUGUGAUCUGAUGGUGAAUUUGAGGUGACCCAAUGUAAAAAUCCUGAGGAUCCGUGGGUUUUUACCUCCCCCCUCCCAGGCAGCCUCCGCUAGCAUCCCUUAUCUCUCUUCUGCUCCCGCCGAUUAGCUGUUUCCUUUCAACCCUCCCUUCCCUCUUGUUUGCCUUAGGGUCUUUUCCAUAGCUGGAGCAGUUUUUUGCUCCCCCUUUUCUUCUAAUUUCUCUCCUUAUUGCUUUAGUCUUCCUGUUUCCCCACUUUGCAAGUUUGCUGUCCUUACCUCCCCCCUCCCAGGCAGACUCCUUUAUCUCUAGCGUCCCUUAUCUCUCUCCCUGAUCAGCAAACGAUCAGCAGCUUUGUUUCAACAUUCACUUCCCUCUUUCAAAAAAAGAAGAAGAAGAAGAAGAAGAAGAAGAAGAAGAAGAAGAAAGCACCAUCUGCUUUUUGCCCCUGGGCAAUUCGGCUCCAGGGACCACACAUUCGCUCCAUAAGACACACAGACAUUUUCCCUUACUUUUUAGGAAGAAAAAAGUGCGUCUUAUGGAGCAAAAAAUACGGUACAUUAUCGAAACAAUACUUUAAAAACAAACGAACAAUCAAAACAAAACAAAACAAUGCAGUAACAAUACCAAAGAACAACCCCCCCUCCCAAAAAAAUCACUUGUUCCUUUGAUUUCCAUUCAUUCCGCAAUGUUUUCUAGGCUUCAUUUUCAAUUUCACGCUUUGUAUUAUCAUUUCUUAAUUUUAAUUAUCACUUUAUUUAUUAGUGUUCCAUAUUGUCCUGCAAGGUUCAGUCUAGACUCAUCAAAGCGUUUACAUUUUUACAAUGUAUCUGUAAAUAUUCUUUAAAGACAUACCAUUCUUUAUUUAAUCUUUGUUUUGAAUCUUCUCUUAAACUUCCUGCCAUUUUGGCUAGUUCUAUAUAUUCUAUCAUCCUCACCUGCCAGUCUAAUUUGGUGGGUGUCACUUCUCCUUUCUAAUUUUUUGCUAUCAAAAUUCUAGCUGCCGUUGUUGCAUACAUGAAAAUUCUUCUGAUUUUUUGGGGGAUCUCAUUAUACAUGAUUCCUAACAGGAAGGUUUCUGGGUUUUUUUUUUGAAUGAACAUUUAAAGAUUUUUUUAAAAGUUCAUUAUAUAUAAUGUCCCAGAAUUCUCUAACUUUCACACAGUUCCACCACAUAUGUAGCAUUGUACCUUCUGACUUAAACCUCCAGCAAACAUUCAAUUUUUUUAAUACAUUUUGGCUAAUUUGGCUGGAGUCAGGUACCAUCGGUAAAACAUUUUCAUCAGAUUUUCUUUCAGAUUAUAACAUGCAGUGAAUUUUGUGUCUACCUUCCAGAGUCUUUUCCACACAUCCAUUUGGAUAUUAUAGCCAAAAUCCUGGGCCAAUCGAACCAUAACUGAUUUUACCUCCUCCUCCUUGACUUUCCAAUCGAGGAGUUUAUACAUCUUGGAUAAAAGUUUUUAUUUCAAUUGGAUUAAAUCUUUCUCUUAUCUUGAUAACUCUGCUGCAAAACCCCUUUGUUUGUCUUUUCUAAAUAUUUCAUUACGUUGAGAAUAUUGGAGCCAAUCAGUUAGUUGUGUUCGGAUCUCCUCAAAUUUCUUUAGGCUUUAUUUAUUAAUUUUUUCUUCCAGCAAGGCUUUAUAAGUUGCCCAGUUCUUUUUCAUAUUUUUUUUUCCUAACUGCAAAAGCUUCUAUAGGGGAAAGCUACCAAGGGGUUUUCAGUUCGAGUAAAUCUUUAUAUUUAGUCCAUACUUUGUAAAGGGGUUUUCUUAUCAUAUGAUUCAAGAAACCCUUGUGGACUUUUACCUUGUCAUAAGCCAAGUAUGUGUGCCAACCAUAAUGGCGGUCAAACCCCUCUAUGUCCAACAGGUCUGUGUUUUGCAGUACUACCCAUUCACGGAUCCAAGAUAGGCAUGCUGCAUUGUGAUACAAUUUGUGAUCAGGCAAGGAAAAAACCCCUCUCUCCUUAACAUCAGUUAAUAGCUCAUGCUUAAUCCUAGGUCUUUUCCCUUGCCGUGUGAAUUUUGAAAUGUCUCUUUGCCAGUCCUUAAAGCAGCGCAUUCCCCCUAACACUGGAAUAGUCUGGAGGGAAAAAAUCAUUUUCGGAAGGACAUUCAUUUUAAUUGUGGAGAUUCUUCCCCAAAAAGAAAGCUGUAGUCCACCCCAAAUUUCCAAAUUUCUUUUUAUCUCAUUCCAAGUUUUUACAGAAUUAUCCUGAUAUAGGUUGAUAUUCUUUGCCAUUAGCCAAAUCCCUAAGUACUUGACUUUCUUCUUCACCUCUAAUCCAGUAAUUUUUUGAAAUUCGUUUUUUUCCUCCGGCCCUAUAUUUUUAACUAACUUUUUUUUUUUUUUUACAGUUAAUUUUAAAACCGGCCACCUGUCCAAAUUCUUUUAUCACCUCAAUCACUUUUGGUAAACUUUCUUUGGGAUUUUCCAUAGUAAUGAUAAGGUCAUCGGCGUAAGCUCUCAAUUUAUAAGAUUUUUUCCCUAAUACUAUACCUCUUAUAACUUAAUCAUUCCUUGUUUUCCUAUUCAGAAUUUCCAACACCAAGAUAAAUAGUAAUAGGGACAGGGGACACCCUUGUCUGGUUGAGGGGUCAUCUGCACUCAGGGCUCCUCCACACUUCCCUUUGUCCCACUCCUUUUCCACAGUUUAGUGUGGAAUUGGAACAAACCACAAUUGGGGUAUCUGCAGAUUGCCAGAAAUUUAUUUGCCAAUAACAACGAAAGGCUAGACUUGAAAGUUUCUCUUUAAAGAAUGUGUCUCAAAUUGUUCCUGACCCAAAUAGGAAUUCAAAUUAUGGAAAAGGGGAAAGGAAGGUGUACUGUUUCAAGACUCCUGCCUAUCGUCUUGCAGGUUCUAAACCAUGGUCUGAAAUUGUCUCAUGGUCUAUUAAACAGUAAUUCCCCCCCCCCCCAAAGCAGCAACCCCCCUAGAGAUAUGUGGUGCCAUUAAUCAGCAACUUAUUUCUGAUUUGGUUGCAAGAAAAGUGAGCAUCUCUUGGAAGAAUAAGCAGUGCUAUUAGUACAUUUUCCUAGUGGGGACUUCUUGAGGAUGCAUUGCUAGCGUUGCUCUAGUUCAACAAUCAGACCUUCUGCAGAGAUGAUCAGUAUAACAUGCAUGCCUGGUCUUGGGCUAAGCUGAAAUUGCUUUGAGAGGAAGACUCAGCAGCUCAAUCCCCAGCCUAUUUUGUUUGCAAUAAAAGAGGGCUUCAGAGCAGCAUGUCUGCCUGAGUCUGUCUGCACUGUGGAAUGGAAACAGUUCCUUACAGCCUCUUCUGUGUGUUGUUCUGUUUGUGUCUGUGUGCUUGUUUACAGGUUGCACGGCCGCUACCACGAACUGGCACCAAACAUGGUACCUAUGGACUAUACGAAGAAUCCAGAUGUUAAACUACCUAUGCAGCUUAUAGUGAACAUGCCAGAGCUAAAGGUAUUACUUUUCAUGUCUCCAGUCUGCCAUUCUUCUGCAGCCCAACCCCACAAAAUCUUUGACUGGGGGGACUGACUUUGACUGUAAGGCUGCGUACACACCAUACAUUUAAAGCAGAUUUGAAACAGAUUCUUUCUCUCAAAAAAUUCCAGGCACUGCAGUUUUCACCUUCACAGAAUUACAACCCCCAGCAAACCUUAACAAACUGGUGCCCAACUUUUUGAGGGGGGAAAUGUGCUGUGCCUCCUCCUCACCGCACUAUCUCCAUUCCUCCAUUCUUCCUGGGAGUUACCAAUGGGGAGAGGGCUGUUGUCCUCAGGUCCUGUUUGUAGGCUUCUCAGGGCCACCUGGUUGACAACUGUGAAAACUGCAUGAGGGACUAGACAGGCCUUUGGCCUGACUCAAGAGCCAGGCACUUCUUGUGAGCUUCGUUUCUUUGCUUAGAUCGGUUCAUCACUUCCAUGUAAAUUCAGCUUCUUUCUUUUUAAAAAUGUUUUCAUAUUUGGCUAUAUAGGUAUACCACCUCCCCCUGCCUCCCUUCUUCCAUAGAUUCCCAGGGCAAUCCAUGACUUCAUCCAGAGUCUGUUCUCGAGCCAUUGCAGCUUGGUUGCUUUGACCUGCUCACAACCUUGAGGAUUACUUUACAUCAUAUCCAUGGCCUUGUAACUUCAUAUAUGCACAGGGUGAUCGACCACUCAAGACAUUAUAUACAGGAGUCUAAAUUCUUGGGUUGAGUCAACAGAUGAGUUAAUUUUAACGCUUCACAUUUUGAAGGAAGCUUUGGGAUGAUCAGUUGCCAUAUGAUAUAUUUGUAUGCUCAGUAUAGAACAAAGGAAGGUGGAGGGGAGAAAAAGGUACCAAUUCAUCAGAUUGCAAAAUGGGAGAUCACAACAUACAAUAUGGAGCCUAGACACUGAGGUCCACCUCCAAGGAUCUUCUGGCGGUUCCCUCACUGCAAGAAGUGAGGUUGCAGGGAAGCAGGCAGAGGGCCUUCUUGGUAGUGGCGCCCACCCUGUGGAACAGCCUCCUGUGGAAGGGCAACCCAGUCAGAUGGAUGGGCUACAAAUUAUUAUUAUUAUUAUUAUUAUUAUUAUUAUUAUUAUUAUUAAGCAAGGUGGUGGUCACCUGCUUAAGCCAGCAUGUCAUGGAGGUGCUGCUUGUAUGAACCUGUGUCUUCACAUGGAAGGUGGACUCAGGGUUUCCAUGAUUUAUUGCAGGCUGAAGAAGAGUGGCCUAACUCCUGGCAUGAUGAAUGGCAUGGUACCUGCCACGUGUCCAUCCCCAUUUGGAAGACAGUGUUUACUUGCAUUUCUCAGUAUGUCUAGAUGAGUCUUCCUGGCUCAGGAACUCAGCCAGUGGCCCACACACUGGUGGGUUCCAGGUGGAGGUUGCAGCCAGUUGAGGGUUUUCAGCAGGAGUUCAAGUUCAGGGUUGCACCUUGAAGUGGAGCUCAGGUUGGCAACUCACACAAGCAGACAUGAGUGUUGCUUCCCCCAUCCCACUCCAUCAGCUCCUCAGAAUCCAUGGCAUCACCCUCUGAAGGGGAGGAAUUUGGCCCAGGAGAGGAGGAUACAGGUGUUCCUGACUGUAUGAUCCAGACCUCUUGAGUAGCCACUGCAUGCAUUGGAGCACCCCAAUAUUCUCCAACUCUUUCAACUUUUUUUGGGGGGGGAUUCCCCCAAAUGAAUGAAAUUGUGGGCAUUUUUUCUCUGCACUUCAAUUAAAAUUAGGUAGGGUCACCUGAGGGCCAGAUAACAUUUGUUGGCAGACCACAUGGGCGGCCCUGGUAUAAGAGUGCAGCCCUGCGGUACGAUUUAGGUUCAUUACCUGCUUCUGAGUGUCCUUAAUUCAUCACUUUGCAAACUGCCAUCACCGUAACUGGAUCCUGUGGCAAUAUACUCAGUUGUAAGAAAAACCAGUUGGUGGUAAUGCAGGGGCGUGGAAAGGAGAGAGAGGCUGCUGAAGUCCUGGUUUGCCCAGGAUGUUAUGUCUGGGUGCAGAUAAUAACUCUUCAGACGGCUGCUGCUCACGUUCCAACCUGGGCAUGGGGGGAGACGGCAAAUGGCUCUGCUCUGGUUUUUGCAAUGGAAAGGCAUGUCUUACUGUUUCGUCCCAGCCUGGCCCAUCCUCCCGGUGGACUGGCAGGGGACUUGUGUACAGGGACUACAAGAAAAGAAAUGUGCCUUGUGUGGCCACAUUGGCAUCACUUUAGAGGAAGGAGUAUGGAACAUUCUUGGCAUGUGCAAGGCAUCUCCAGGUAGGGGCUGGGAAAUAUCCUUCCUAAAACCCAAAAGAGCUGCUCCCGGUCAGUGUAAACAGUGUUGAAGGAGAUGGCCCAAUGGCCUGACUUUGUAUAAGGGAGCUUCCUGUGUAGCUGGAACUGGCGGACUGAGUAGAUGAGACCAAGAGUGGGUCCAACUGUCAAGAAGGCAGUUUCUGCCCGUGCUGUGGAGGGAAGUGAGGGGCAGAUGGGGCUCAUCCACCUGGGAAGGGAGCCCAUCUAGGAGAAGGAGAGAGAGAGACAGACUUUGCAGGCCAAAGGUCUGCAGUUGAAUUCCUAACUUCUCCAGGUAGGACUAGGAGAUUUCUUCCUGAAACCUUGGAAAACUGUGGCCAUCAGUGCAGACGGGACUGAGAGUGAUGUGCAAACUAUCUGAGUCAGCAGAAGGCAGCUUCCCAUGAUACACUGCUUUUCCAACUUGGGCUGGGAUGUAAGCUUUGGCGAGACAGGCUUCACAAAAUCCCGGCUCCCCGCUGCCCUCCCUGCCUGCUUUCUCUAGCCCUCUGAACAAACUCCUUCCCAGCCCCUCUACUUGCCAAAACACUGUUUCCCUUCCUGAUGUCCUGGGUGGUAGUAAGAGUAGGGAUGGAGUUGCCUGGGGAGAAUGAAGUCUGUCCCUGCCCUGCUGUGCUGAAAAGUACAUCUCCCAUGAACCACUGGGCUUUCACCCGGGGCACCUGUGCCACUAGCAGGCUGCUCCUGGUCCUACCACUUGGGAAGUCUUGAAGGGGAAGCCCUGGGACAUGGGUAGGAACCUCAAGCCCCCAGCCUGGAAAAGCUUAUCCAUUCUUGCAGCUCUACUUUCAUGCUUCUUUUCCACCGGUUAACCUAGAGGCUCCAGCCAUCUGACAUUUGCAGCUUUACCUGUGCAACUAGUCAGUCAGUCAGUUUUAUUGCACAUAGCCAAAGGAUACUGCAAUGUACACAGAAUCAUUCAACAGUUAAAAGGAAAUAUGCUGAAUUAAUACAAAAAACUUAAAACAUUUAUAUUAUCAAAACAUUACCUACUCUAAACAGAGCUAUAGAAGUACCUUAAUAUACAGGUUAAGACUUUGAACAAAUUUAUAGGCUAAAAUCACCACAUGUCCACUAAUAUAUUAAAAAUAAUGUUAAUUAAUACAGUAUGCAAUUAUAUUUGGAGUUUGGUGAUAAAGAUAGAAUAUAUCUUGAUGUAAAGGGACCCCUGACCAUUAGGUCCAGUCGUGGCCGACUCUGGGGUUGCGGCGCUUAUCUCGCUUUACUGGCCGAGGGAGCCGGCGUACAGCUUCUGGGUCAUGUGGCCAGCAUGACUAAGCCGCUUCUAGCGAACCAGAGCAGUGCAUGGAAAUGCCGUGUACCUUCCCGCCGGAGUUGCACUUAUUUAUCUACUUGCACUUUGACGUGCUUUUGAACUGCUAGGUUGGCAGGAGCUGGGACUGAGAAAACGGGAGCUCACCCCAUCGCGGGGAUUCGAACCGCUGAUCGGCAAGUCCUAGGCUCUGUGGUUUAACCCACAGCAUGACCUGCGUCCCUUUAGCUUGUAGGGUCAAAUAAAUUGUAGGUAGGGUCAAAUAAAUUCAUCUCCUUUACAGUUGGUGGCUAUCUUGGCUAUAUAAUUUGCUCUAAUUUUCCUAGCGGCGAUUGCAAAGAGUGCUACAGGCCAGGUCACAUACUUAUCUAUGUCUGCGAGCAGAUAUAAAAUCAUGUCAGAGGGGUUCUAGCCAGGGGAGCUUGUCAAUAUAGGUGCUAAAAAUCAUUCUCUUGCUUCAUUAUAUAAGGGGCAGCGCAAGAUAUAAUGCAUAAGGUCCUCUACUUCAGGACAUCCCCUAAUGCAAACACGUUUGUUUGUUGGUAUGCCUCUGUGUCUCCCAUCUCUAUAAGCAGAGUUUAUUGUAUUUAAUCGUAACUCUGUAAAAGCUUUCCGAAGUUGUACAAAAGUCAGUUCAUUGAAAUAAGGUGUUUGUUCAUGGGCCUCUCUAAGUUUAAAAUAUAAUGGGGUGCAUGUGGAUGUGUACAUAGAGUUUAGGUUGUUUUUAAUUAAUUAGGUUGUUCAUUUAAAAAUGUUUUUCUGGGAAUAUAAGGGAAGUUCUUUGAUCUCAGUCACUGAGAGGUCAUAUUUGCCCAUCAGUUGGGCAGCGUGAUGUACCCAGUUUUUAAGGGGUAAUCCAUUUGAGAGCUCAAUCGGGCAUUUUUUUGGUAGCCUAGUGUUGUCCAUCUGUUGAAUUCUAAACCAGUAGCAGAGGAUUCUUUUAUUUAUUUGGCUCUGUAUGCUCAACAUGCGAGUCUCCAACCUGACCAUGGCAGAUUGCAUGUCUCUGGGUAAACCUAAAAGGACUCUUAAAAAUAAUUCUGUGGGGGUUCCAAACCAGAGACCUUUGAGGUACCCCAAACCUCUGCACCAUAUAAAAUCUGGGCCAUUGAUUUGGCUUUAUACACAGAUAGAGCUGGGUUAAGCAGAUUUCCACCUUUACAAACAGCGAAUUUCAAAAUAGCUUUUGCUGAUUUAAAGGCUUGCAAAUUUAAUAUUGGAGAGCUGUAUAUUCCAAGAUGCUGCUUCUGAAUAAACAAAUCCCGGAUAUUUAAACGUAUUUACUUGGUUUAUGAUGUGUUCAUCCAGGUACCAAACAUGCUUUUUAAGGCGCUUCCCAAAUACAAUGACCUGUGUCUUAUCGCAUUUUAUAGAUAAAGCAUUCCUCGUGCAAUAUGAACUUAAUUUCGCAAGCAGCCGUCUCAGGCCUACCUGGGUUCUAGAUACAAGUACUAGGUCAUCAGCAUAUAUUAAGACUGAGAAUUUUUGGUCAAGAAUUGUGACAGGGGCAAACCGUAGGCCCUCCAGUUCUUUAACCAUGUCAUUAAUAUAAAAAUUAAACAAGAAAGGCACCAAAAUGCAUCCCUGUUUGACUCCAGUAAUGGUCUUAAUUCUAGUAGUAAGAUGGCCAGCCAGAUCCAUCUUUACUUGUAUUGAUGUGUCAGUAUAUAAUGUUUUGAUGAGAAAUAAUAGAUGACGGUCUAUAUUUGUCUUUUCUAAUUUCUGCCACAAUGCAUGUCUAGGAACCGUAUCGAAAGCUGACUUUAGAUCGAUAAAAGCAACAUAUAGUUUUUGCUUCAAAUUAUGGAUGUAUUUACAUAGCAGAAAGCACUGGUCCUAUGUGGAUUUCCCUCUUUGGAAACCUGCCUGGGCUUCAGAUAUCACCUUAUUUGUAUCUGCCCAUUCUUCCAGUCUCCCAAGAAGGAGCCUGGCAUAUAGUUUAGAGGCUACAUCUAACAAACUAAUGGGUCUAUAAUUGGCAGGAUUUUUCUUAUCACCACCAGCCAGUGUGGUGUAGUGGUUAAGAGUGGUAGUCUCGUAAUCUGGGGAACUGGGUUCGCGUCUCCGCUCCUCCACAUGCAGCUGCUGGGUGACCUUAGGCUAGUCACACUUCUCUGAAGUCUCUCAGCCUCACUUAUCUCACAGAGUGUUUGUUGUGGGGGAGGAAGGGAAAGGAGAAUGUGAGCCGCUUUGAGACUCCUUAAAGGGAGUGAAAGGCGGGAUAUCAAAUCCAAACUCUUCUUCUUCUCCUUAUAUAUUGGGGCAAUUAUACUCAGCUUCCACCCUUCUGGUAUGCGACCUGAGCUGUUAAUGUAUGAAAACAGUUUUGCAAAAAUGGGUGACCAGAAAUCCGGUCAUAUCUUAUAGAUCUCCAUUGGGACCAUGUCUUCUCCUGGAGCUUUAUUGGCUAGUUGGCUUACGAUUAAUCUGAUUGGGUGUGACGUCUGGCCAUUCUGGCAGUUCUAAUAACUGAGUAUAGUAAACUUGUGAGGAUGAGUCAGAGCGGGGGCUGUAUAUUCCUGUAAAAUAUGUCACCCAAUCCUUUCCUUGAACAGAUACUUCUAACGAGUAGCCCAGCCCAUUUGUACCUUGGGCAACGAGAUGCCAAAAUUUUUGUGAGUUCUUUUGAAGUGCUGCAUCUCCCAAUGCUUUCCACUGUUACUCAUAAUAUAUUUGUUUCUUGUUUUUAAGUAAUAAUUUAUAAUUGUAUCAUAAUUGGGCUACCUCAGCUUGUAGAGCAAGAUUGUGCUUGUCAUGUUUUAACUUCAAUUUUCUAAGAUAGGCAUUUUUUGCUAUUCUGACAUUCCUUAUCAAACCAAGUCUGUCUUUGAAACUUUUUAUUUUUUACUCACUAGGUGUGGACAUCAGUGGGCGCAUUUGGUUGAUUAUGUUCUAAUAAAGUCUGAUUAUGUUCUAAUAAAGUCUGAUUAUGUUUCCUGUUUCUAACAACAUUUCCCCCUUUAAUAAAGCAAAUUCAUGAAAUCCAGGAUCUGAAUCAUUUUUUCUUGGACCUGUGCAUUCCAUUUUAACCUCCUCUUUCCAAGUAUCAGAUAUUCCGUUUCAUCCAAUAAUUUAGGAAAGGCAGGAGAAACAAAUGAUGUCAGAGAUAACUCAAGAGGAAAGUGGUCACUUUCAGCUCUGGGAAUUAUCCUAAAGGUGUCUCAGUCAAUUGGCACAUUAUUGGAUGUUAGGAUAUAAUCUAUGGUGCUAGUAAAGCCUCUGGGGGAGAUAAAAGUAAAAUAACCCUCGAUUUACAGUCAAAGGGGGAGGCGAGCCACUGUUCUGUUAUCAUGUUUGGAUUGUACGUCUGAUUUGGCAAAAACUCCCCUGGAAAGGCUGAUUUAUGGAGCAACUGGUCCGGGAAAAUUAAUGAGCAGACGCUUAGACUUUAUUUCAUUGGAACUGUCAAAAUGGCACCUGCCAAAAUAGGACUUUUGGAUCAGCGUGAAAGUCCACACAGAAACAUAAUAAUGCUUGCUUCAACUCGCCUGUGGAAACAACUCAGAGGUUAUUAAGAAGAAAAACGAUAACAACAAGAAGAUUGGAAGAUGGGACUUGUGAACAUUAAAGCAGCAGAAAUAUAAGAUGAUUGGAUCCUUACUGAACUCGAAGCAUGGGUACCCCCAACAAAAAAUUUAAAAAUUCGGCAAAAUAUUUGGAUUUUAUGAUAUGUAUUGGUAUAAUUCGGAUUAACUAAUGUGAUAUGAUUGGAUUGUUAAAUGGAAAACUUAAUAAAUUUUUUUUUUUUUUUUAAAAAGUAAAAUAACCCUCUUGAUCCCCUUGACCAUGCCCAUUGCAUAACAAAAGGUUAUGCUUAAUUAUAAGUUCACAAAGAUAUUUCCCAGUGUGGUUAGAGGUGGUGUCCAUUGCUGCCCUCUAACAGAUUUCGGGUUUGUCCUCCAAGUUUAGUCCAGAUAAUAUUGUAUUUUGUGGGGAAACAAGGCCAAUCUGGGCACUGAAGUCACCUCCCAAGACAAGCCGAGGGUUGGGAGACAGAGAGUCUAUACUUUCGAGUAGUUGGGAGCAACUAGUCAUUCCUCAGGAGUUGAAAAGCACCAAUGAUUUGCAGGAGCUUGAGAAAAACUCAGCGUUGAAAUGGACUUUUCACCAGUGAUCUCUUGUGGGGAUUCAGAGUUCUUACUUAUAAUUGGGAUUUUGUAUUAGGUUGUACACAGUGUUUUUCCCCCUAGAAAAAUAGGUCCCAGUACUCAGCAUGAAGUUGUAACCGUAAGUGGCGCACUUUUUAACAACAAAAAAGAAGUGCUGCUACUGCGUACCCUUGAGUGACCCCUGGGAAAAAAGCCCUGGUUGUACACUUGUUUUGGGUGAUACAGAGAGACUUUUAAAGGAGUGUUUCAGCUAAAGUGCUGCCUUUUUGGGUUUCUUUUUAAAAGAGAAGCAAAUCUGCAAGUUGCUCAUGCAUUCUGUCUUUCUGCAGGAGAACCCCUUCCGGGAGAGGAUUGUCCACUCCUUUUCUGACGAUGACGAGGGGAGCCUCAGCUUCAAUGACUUUGUUGACAUGUUCUCUGUACUCAGCGAAACGGCCCCUCGAGAGCUAAAAGCAAUCUACGCCUUCAAGGUCUAUGGUAAGGAGAGGAAUUGGCAUUGGGUUAGAACAUCGACCAGAAGGGAAGGGAAUUUUGUUUUGGUCCAUUUCAGAUUUAUAUUUAAUAAAAUUUAUACAUUGCUUAAUUGUAAAUAAAAAUGUAAUAAAUAAAUAGGUGAUAAAUUAGAAACAGAUUAAAACACACAACAAAGUUCUACAUAUCAGCGUAGGCUUGUCUACACAAAAAGAUUUUAGCAGGCGCAGAAAGAGUUCAGUGAAGGCUGAGGUCAAUAGACAGGGAGUUCCAAAGUAUAGGUUCUGCCACACUAAGAUACAGAUUUUUUUACAAUGCGGAAUGAAUAUUAUGCGACACCUCUGGCAGUUCUACAGAUUGAAGCAGCUGAAGGGGCAUAUGUGAAGUAAGGCGAUCUCAUGGGUAAACUGCAUGGCAGGGGUUGGACUAGAUGACCCUCAAGGGUCCCUUCCAACUCUAUGAUUCCCUCAGCUUCCUGGGGGUGCUGUGUAGUUGGAAAUGGUGCAUUCACUCUUGCCUUAUGGAACAACUGCAAUUUUUUUUUUUAAAAAAAAACCUUGGGCUUCUGAGAAGCAACAUUCUCAGAAGCAUAUAAUUGAUUUAGUAUAACAGCUGCUUUUAAAUUUCACCAAAGCGUUUUUUGGGUGAGGUGGGGGCCCAAUAUUUUUUAAAAAACGCUUUCUGAUUUAUUUUCUUUAUUUCAGAAUGACCUACCAGAUGCCAGAGCUUUUGCAAAUAAAUCCAUGCCGACUGUUUUACUGACAAUUACCCAACAUGCUAAAUGUCAUUCUGCAGCUCUAUAAUUAAAUAGGGCUGAUGCUAAUCCUGCUUCUUGGGCCAAAGACAAUAAAACAAAUCAAUGCAAUGGCCUUUUAAUUGCCAUUCUCUUAUGCAUUUGCAAGAUUAAUGGGCAAGCACCUGGUGUAGAGCAGCCAACACCUGCCGAAUUCGCCCCCUUGGCCUGCUGUUUUGUAAAGUGGAACUGGGGAGGACUGUAAUGAUCACUUAAUGGUUACUUGGAAAAGUCGCCCCUGUAGCUCUAAACUCUGUGGAACCCCCCUGCCCAUGCUGUAAAGCCUUCUGGGCCACAGACCUGAGCCUUCCCCUGGCCAUGAAGCAGAUGAGGAGCCGUGAACAGGGGCAGGAAGCAGGUGAAGUCAUGGUCUCUCCUCAGCUCUGAACUGUGGCCACAGCCACAAGAUACAUUGAAUGCACACGGCUUCCUCCAGGCAUCCUGGGAACUGUAGCUGUGAGGGGGCAAACUAUGGUUCCCAAGCGCAUGUGCUUUAAAUUUGAUUUGAAUUAUGAUCUGGAUGUGACCCAUGAAUCGUGAUGGCUAAGAGUGGGACCUUCAUGCCCACUUCUCAAUUCCAGUUGCUGGGGGACAAACAGUCCCCAUUGGUGGGAUUUUCAGAGGUAUCUUGUUGGCAGGAUUCUGGAUGAAUGGUUCAGUCCAGCUCUUCUGAUAUUCCUGACUGAGAUAACGUUCACACAUCCUUUAGUCACCUGCCAUCCAGGGGUUCCCUUUGGGCUUACGGUGUCCUUGGAGAAGAGGCAUGUUGACCACCUGUUUUCUCCCAUCUUUGCUUGCCCAGAUUUUAACACAGACAACUUCAUUUGUAAAUCUGAUCUGGAAAAAACCCUCAACAAUUUGACAAAAGAAGAGCUGACAGAGGAAGAGGUGAGCCUGGUCUGCGAAAAAGUGAUCGACGAAGCGGAUAUGGACGGUGAUGGCAAGCUUGGAUUUUCUGAUUUUGAAAACAUGAUUUCCAAAGCACCUGAUUUCCUCAGGUACAUGUAUAAGCAUUUGCAAUGCUCCCAGAACUGAUUGACUUCCCCUCACCCACCAGUUUCCAUUCCCCCCUUUAUUCUCUUUGCAUAUAACUAUUUUUCUUCACUUAAUUUCAAAUUCAUUUUCACAUCCUAAUUUUACCUUUAGUUCAUAAAUGCUACAACCACCCUGCUAAUGUUUCAACAUUUUUACAGUGUUCUUUAAAAUACUCUAUAGUUUCCCCCCAUUCUUGAUUAAAUUUUCCUUCAUCUUGGUGCCUGAUCUUCACGGUUACCGGUAAUUUUGCCAUUUCGGUAUAGUCUAUCAUCUUAGUCUUCCAUUCUUCUUUCAUUGGGACGUCCUCUUCUUUCCACUUCUGGGCAAGUAGCAUUCUGGCAGCUGUGGUUGCCUACGUAAACAGUCUCUUUUGCUUCUUUGGCACUUCAUCUCCUAAUAUUUUUAAACAUUUUUUUCAUUUCAUUGUAUAUCAUUUCCCAGAAGCCUUUUACCUUUUUGCAUGUCCACCACAUAUGAAAAAACGUACCUUCUUUUUCUUUACAUUUCCAACAUGUUAGAUGAGUUUUUAUACAUCUUAGCAAGUUUUACAGGUGUUAAAUACCAUCUAUACAUCAUUUUCAUAUAGUUUUCUUUUAGCGAACUACAUGCCGUGAAUUUUAAAUUUUCUUUCCACAGCUUUCCCCAUGAUUCAAAUGGGAGCAGGCUUUCCUUUCAGGAUGGGAUGAGGGCAUUGCUUCUGUAGCGUUGUUUGCAGAUGUGUGGAGAGGAGGAGCAGAGCAUAAAGGAAGGUGCAGUCAGGAUCCUGAAGAUACUGGGUUGUAGCCAAUGUAGCGCCAAGUUAAAAUCACUUAGCAGUUGUACUUACUGUGUCGGUGAAAUGCUUUGCACCAGUGGAAUGUAGCUGAGCAAGAGAACACCUACCGUAGGCAAGUUGCUGGCAAUUUUGUGGUGCCAUAGAUCAUGAAAAGGGUUGUUCAAUGGGUUUAACCUAAUGCAACGGCUGUACUGAAUUCCUCUUUGCACAACAUUAACACUCACCCAUCUGCUAGUGUUCUUGCACGAGUGGACACAGAAUGGUGGCUACAGACCAUUGGCUGCAUUCUGCCCCACAACACUCUAGAGACAGGAAAAGGAUAAAGCCACCACUCAGAUAUCUCCAGAUGGAACUUGCAAGUUCCUUUUGAGGAUAGGGUUUUACUCCUGCGAGGUGAAGGUAAGGAAUCCAGGAAUUUAGCAUCACUGCAAUGGGGCAGCAGCACAUGCCUGCGCACACCCACACCCACCCACUAGAAAGGACUGCUCCAGAGGUAGUAGCAAAAGACCGGAGUUUGGGUUCUUUCUUAUUUGGGAUUUGCUUAAUGGGGGAAUUCAAUUACGGGUAUAACAAGAUUCAGAGUUUCAGCACAGCCUUUUCCCAAACAGUUCCUACUGCUUAAGUGGUGUAUUGGGUUGAAAAAAAUUAAUUAAAUUAGGAUUGAUGAAUCAAAUGCUGUGGUUCAAAUACCACCUUCUCUCCCUUUUUGGAACUGAAAUAGUCAGCAUUACCGGAACAGAUACUUAUUUUAGGAGUUACGUAACAUACAUUGAAUAUACACUAAAAACAGAAAGAUAUUCAUAUAAAAUAAAAGUUAAAUAUUCUAACUGUAUGAUUAAACAGAACCACCAAUCAGAUUAUGAUACUUUUUUUUUUAAGAAGAAAGCUCCCUUGUAUAUUUGAUUUGACUUGCUUUUAAGUGGUAACAACUAGGCUCAUUACUAAACAAGAAAGUUGUAGCACAUCUACGUUGAUAAAUUUUAACUUAAUUCACCCAAAGAACCACAAAUAUUUUUUUUAAUUUGUUGGGGGGCUGCAAGGCUUCUUUCUGGAAUUCACUCAACUUUCCACUGAACUACAGUUCCAGGGGGCUUUGGGAUUGAAAUACAGGCCUACCAAUCAUAGGAAGGCACCUUAUGUUGAAUCAAACUAUUGGUUGAUCAGCCUUAAGAUUAUUGACUCUAAUUUGAGCCUGUGAGGAUUCCUCCACCCAUCUAGCUGGGACUAAUUGCCCUUUUCCAGAACUGUCUCAUGCAGUGUCCCUGAUCACCAAACUUGCUCAUUUGAUUCUUCCCCUUUCGCUUGCUUUGCAUCAUUCAUGUUUAUUAAAUUAAAUUAAAUGGCUGGACUUUCUUUAAAACAAUGAACUUCCUCGAUGCAAUGCCCAGAAGGCACUAUGUAAAUUAAACAAAUAGUCAUGGAAGGAGAUGGGAUGAGGAUUGGGGUGGAGGAGAAAGCACUCUAACUUCAUUGUGUUAAAUUCAUUGUUGCCUUCUCUCUGUCUUCCUGUCAUUAUCUAUCUAGAGGUCCUAGGAUGGGUUACAAUAGUAUAAUGUACAAUUAUAAAAAGAUGAAACCAUUGCAUUACAUGCAAGAAUGUUGGUUUGACGACAUAAGGCUCCACACUCACCAUUGAACUUUGGAAACGGCAGAUAAUUCCUGUAAAUGGCAGGGUGAAGAGUUCUAGAUUGGCCUCCUCUGUGUGCAGAGACAUUUGGGGUACAUGGAUUCAAUCCUGCGAGCCUCCUGCCAACCCCCUUCUGCACUUUAAAGAGGCGCUGUCCAAACACCUGCUGACCCCCCCCCAGCUGCUUGUGAAAUGUAGGCCUUCUGGCACAGGGGCUCUGGGUCGCAAUCUGGACAGAUAGCUUGACUAGGCAGAGUUGAUCAAAUCAUUCUAAACACACUUUUAAAGCACAUGCUCUCUCCCAAAGAAUCCUGGGAACUGUAGCUUGCUAAGGAUGCUGGGAAUUGUAACCCAGUGAGGGGUAAACUACACUUCCCAAGAACCUUUCUCUGUGGUGGGGGAGCCGUGUUAAAUGUGCUUUAAAUGUAUUUUGUGGAUAUGUUGGUCUUUUGCAUCCAAAAUAUUGGACUGGCCUUUAUAAUCCCUCCCCCCUAAGUGCACGCUAUCCCUGAGAAUGACAGCAGUCCCAGAGGGUUUUAAAUUACUCCAUAAAAGAGGAAGAGUUGGCGCCAGAGGAACCCAGUAUCUGUGAGUUACUGUCCUGCUGCUUCUGUAUAUUGUUACUUUCAUUACUCCUUGUAAUAUUAGUCAGCUUCAUCUCAGUACAUCUGGGCUGCCUUUGUUUAUACUGCACAGGGAACUUACCAGAUCAUGAUUGCCUCUCUGUUCCAAGUUCUUACGUGCAUAUUUUCGAAAGGAUUUCACUCUUUGAAAUCUUUUUUGUUUUCUUUUGUUUUGCAAAAGCAGAUAUGCAUAGAAGUGCUGGAGGGAUCUGGUAAGUCAUCUAGUUCACCCCCAACCCAGCUCAAUGCAGGAAAUCCAGAUUUUGGCCAUAUCCACAGUGGACAACAGGCCACAGGAACUAUAAAACAACAAUGAAACAAUUGGUCCGUCUAGCUCCAUAUGACCUCCCCAGACUGGCAGCAGUUCUCCAAGGUUUCAGAUGGGAGACGUUUAAAGUCCAGGGAUUGAACCCGAGACCUUCUGCAUGCAAAGCAGAUGCUGCACCCCUGGAGCUGCAGCCCUUCCCUAUAAGCGCGGAAGAGGAAAACUAAAAAAAACUCCAGCGACAACCCAUCCCUCUGCUCUAAUAGCUGGCCAGGACAGAGGAAAUUGUCUGUGCUGGACAGAGUCCAGAAGUAGGAAUAAGUUGUAAAUGACUGAGGCAGUGGCUGGUUCAGAAAAUUUGAUCCCUGUAGGUUUAUUUCACUUUAAAAAAAUGUUAUCAUUUUGAGGCUGCUUGUAUUUUAAUGGACCCAUUAGCACUCAGAGCUGGCCAUGGCUUAAGUGUUCUGUUCUACAAGACUGGUUACAUUUCCCACAGGAAAUUGUUUUAUAAAUCAUUGUGGAAGCUAAAACUCCUUUUUAUUUUUUAAAAAACAGAUCUGUAUGGAUUGGUACAGGUGGUGCAGCAAUAGCUUCAACAGAGACCGACAGUGCCUUGCCCAGGGUUAUCUGAGCCCCUGAUAGCAACCUGGCUUGAUUACUGCAUUGCAUGGCUAUGUGGUUGCCCUUGGAAGCUAUUUUAGCCAGUGCAGAAAGUGGCACAGCCAAGUUACUGACUGACACCAGCUCCUCUGAUAACGCCAAGGUUGCAGGUUCAAUUCCCACCUGGUACAGCUGGGGUGGGCUAGAUGAUCCUCGGGGUCCCUUCCAACUCUAGAAUUCUAGAAUUCUGUGAACCACCCUCAGACCUCCAGGUAUAGGGCGGUAUAUAAAUUCAAACAACAACAGAAUUCUAUGGUUCUAUGAUCUUUACCAGUCUCCAGUUUGCUUUCAUGUACAGCGGUACCUCGGGUUACAUACGCUUCAGGCCACAUACACUUCAGGUUACAGACUCCGCUAACCCAGAAAUAGUGCUUCAGGUUAAGAACUUUGCUUCAGGAUGAGAACAGAAAGUAUGCUCUGGUGGCGCGGCGGCAGCAGGAGGCCCCAUUAGCUAAAGUGGUGCUUCAGGUUAAGAACAGUUUCAGGUUAAGUACAGACCUCCAGAACGAAUUAAGUACUUAACCCAAGGUACCACUGUACAAUUCAAGGCACUGUUUGCCCAGGGGUGUUGCAAGUAUUUGAAGGGGGGGCUCCAAGAUGUGAGCCCACUGUUCAGAUAUUUGUGACAAAAUAUUUAAUCCACUACACACACACCUGAGUUUUGUCUGUACUUCAUUUAUUUACUGCAUUUAUAUCUCACCUUUGUCAGCUCUUCCAAAGCGAUGCUUCUGCUCUGCUGUUACCUUGAAUCUUGUUUAUGUCUCUGCAGCACCUUCCAUAUACGAAUCUGA